UUAAAACCACCUCCUCCUGACCCACACAGCUUUAAGGCUGUACGAAAAUGAUGGGUUGUGGAAAGUGAAGGAAUAUUUAGCAUCGUAACUGGAAGGAAAUGCUAACAAUCACUGCAGUGAAUAAACAUAUGAAGAAGUGAAUCUGAGAACCCAAGAGGCAGGGAGCCAUGCAGAGUCCGGCCCAGUCCAACAGCAGACCAAACCCUGUGACCAGUGCCACCACAGUGCAUCCACUGGACACAAAGACUGAGGCUCAGCCAGAUGCACAGGAAGAGGAGAACCAACCAGCUGCUUCUGUUGGGACUGAAACUGUAGACAAGCCACAGGAAAAUGGGACAGGGGUGCAAACAGCAGAAGCAGCAAAUAUGGCAGUCACACAUGUAUUGGCGAAUGUGCCUGCUGAUGAGCCCGUGACAGAGCCCUCGGUUACCACUGCAGUGCUGGCGACGAACUCUGCUUCAAAGCCAAGUGUCCCUACAGAACCGACACCUGACAAAAAUGCAAAUCCUGGGUCAGGUGGGCAAAAGGCAAAGAAACCGGAUAAAGGUGUACGUGACGGUAGGAAAUACGUUCCUUCCAAGAAGGCCAUGGUAGAUCCUCUAAAGAUGGACAUGUCCAAACCACUGGUUAUGCCUCUCACAUCGUCUCAGCUCUCCCUGCAGUGCAUCGAAUGCCACAUAAUCUUCAGUGAUCACAAGAGCAAAGAGCGCCACCUGAAGUUGAGCCACCCGGCAGAAUAUGAACACUGCAUACUGAGGAACGCCCUUUUCGCCUGUUACGUUUGUGACCGCCAGUUCACAAACUCCACAGAGCUCAUGGUCCACCAGAAAGCCCACACAGAGAAGAAACCCUUCAAGUGUCCAAUCUGUGGCCAUGCCUUCAACAAGUCAUCAGAGCUCACCGUUCAUAAAAAAAUUCAUUUUGGUGAGGACGGUUAUGCCUGCACUGACUGUGGCAAACCUUGCAAAACGAUGACAUUGCUGAAGUAUCACCGCCGCACGCACACCGGAGAGAGGCCGUAUGUUUGCAAGGAGUGUGGAAAGCGGUUCACCAUGUCCAAAGCUCUGCAGAAACAUAUAGUCUCACACUCGCCAGAGGGAGCUGAAGGAGAUGGGGUAGACACCAAAGCUAAAGCACGGCCGAAGAAAGAUGACGGUGCUUCUACAAUAAAGUAUCCUUGUUCUGUAUGCAAGGCCACUUUCAAGAGUACCAAGACACGGCUACAUCACAUGAAAACCAAGCACAAUGUGUUGCCUGCCUCAGCCAGUAAGGCCCUCUCAGCUGGGCAGCAAGUGAAACAAGGUACACCCACCAUAACUCCAAUAUCUAUUUGCCAAUCAGCACUACUACAGAUGGGACCCAAUGGACCACUGCAAAAAGUUGAUGCCAAUAUCGACACUGAGCAGAUUCGCAGACUUAUUGAGUCCUUGGGAAAUGUGCAGAAAGUAAACCAAGUUGUCAUAUUGGGUCAGUUGCCACCUCAUGCCCCACCACUGCAAAUGCAGCAGAUAUCACAACUGGCAGAAACAAUGAAUUUGAAUCUCCACCCACCACAGAUAGAUUUUAUAGGACUGCAACAAACAGAAUCUAAGAUAGUUGAAUUGGAACCUUCAAACAACCCAAUUGAUUCAAUGGAGCAAACAAUUAUACUGGAACCUAUUACGCCAGAUGGGCAGUUGGAAAACCCAUCUUUCUCAGAACUAGGCUCCCACAUAGUAGCAGGUGAAAAUAUAGAGCUAACACUCGUUCCGACUGACCAUACAGAGAGACCGGAGGGAGAGGUGAUUCAUCAGAUCCUUCAACAGCCGGAUAUUGGUGCAAUUCCGUCUGAUCCUGGGGAUCAAAUUAUUUAUCAGAAUGAGGGAGAGCAAAACCUUGAGCAAACCAUCAUAUUAGAACUUAUACCAACUGUGGAGCUGGAACAUUCCCAAACUGUGCCAUAUAAUGAAAUCCCGUCCUCCUGUCUGGUACCAAUCACUGACCUGGAGAAUACUGCAGAUCAGACUGUAUUAAAUGAGCAGGAGACCAGCUUGUCAGCUCCACCACUUAUGACUACAGAGCUGGAGCUGACACCUUUACAAUCGGGGCAAGAGGGCCUUCUUUCUUGCCCUUUUGUUCCAUCAGACACGCUCACACAAACUACUAUUGAAUCUGAAACUAAUCUCAAAGAAGCAGUUGAUUCACAGAUGCAGACAGUAAGUUUAGACCAGGGCCAUGCUGUGAUGGAUGUAGAUGCAGCACAAGAGCCAGACGAAAAAGCUGAACAAGAACCAUCUGAACAAGAACCAUCUGAGAAAUUGCUGGUAGAUAGCAAAGAGAGUCAGGAGCGGGUGGAGAACAAGUCUGAAGUAGGGGAUCAACCUGCUAAAGAAGAGGUUCCAUCACACUUGGAGACCAAGCAGGUGCCACAGAUGUCAGAGUUACCACUAAAUGUAAUGUCAGCUCAAGAACUGGUUAAAGUGCGGAAAAGAAAGCCAACCAGGGGUUAUAUAUUUCAAGGAUAUAUGCAAGAACUGGUUGGAUCCAUACGCAAGGAUGAUUUUCAAAUUGAUGCCAAACCUGCCAAACGGCAAAAAACAAAAAAGUCUCGCCUUGUUGUCAAAUUUGGUCCACAAAGCAAAGAGAAGAAAAACAAGAAACAGAAGAAGCCAUCAAAGCAGCAUCAGCCACCGCAGGAAGAAGGAAUAAGAGAUAAAACACCAACAACAAAUCUCUCAGCGAAAAAUGGAGCGUCACAGAAGAAGGGAAGAAAGGGGAAAAGGGACAAGAAAGUUGGACAUUUGGUGUCUACUUCUGAAAUAAAAUCACCUUCAUCAAACCAGGACACACAAGUGCAACAAACCAAAGGGGAUAAAAUAAAAAAUAAAAUGAAAAAGCAAAAAGGAGUGGCCAGGGAGGGGGUUACGCUCAUGAGUGAGCUCAAAACUGUAGCCUCGCCUGUAUUUAAAAAGAAAAAACAAACAAAAAUAAUGCAAAACGAUCAGCCCAAGAAACCAAAGGAUGGGAAGCGAAAGAAAAACCUGGCAAAACAGGAAAAAGUCAAUGCAAAAACAAGCACAGCUUCAGCAGAGAUUCCUGCACCACAGAUAUCGCAAGAUGCUCUACUUCUACUGAAAGGUCAUAAACAGCCUCAACUGAAAGUUUACAAGUUAGACCCUUCAAAAGCAUCAAGCCAGACACAGGAGACUUCACCUCAUGAGGCCCAAACAAUGUCCCAAGAGGGUAAAAGCAAUAAACUCGAAAAUUCAACAAGUGAGUCUACAAAUAAUCUUACAGCGGAAGGUAAAAAAAAAGGAGGAAGACCCAAAAAAAACCAGAAAGCUCUUUCGUUGUUGUCCUCAUUACAGGUUUCCCAUCAAACACCUGAGACGCUGCCCACCAAGCCAAAGAUCACAAGGAAACGUAAAUCCUCCUCGAAAGUGGAGACUGAAGGAGUGAUAACUUCUCAUUCCAAGCGUGCCUUGGAGUGUAAGGAGUGUGGGCAAAGAUUUAGCGAUGUAUCGUCCCUUCAGAAGCACAAGGCGGUUCAUAUCGUGGAGAGUCCCGGUUUAACUUACACCAAUGGCAACAUCUUUGAAGGCGUCUCCAGGUUGGAUCUUUACCAGCUUCCAAAACAGCACGAUAAGGUUGUUGGAGUAAUGAAUGCUGCCUCAGACUGGGACACUGAGCCUGAGCUUACAGAGAUGGCAUUAGAGGGGAGAGAGCAAAGUGUCUCCUUUCCGGCUUUGAUUCCAUCCCCAUCUUUACCUGUUCCUCCUUCAGAUGUUGAAGUGAGUGUGUAUGAAAAUAAGGCUAAAGGUAAAAGGGCAGUAGAAUAUCAAUCUUAUACCUCUGCUGAAGUUCCCUCACCAUCUGAUCAAAGGAAAAGCAGUGAGACCCCUCAGAAUUUCCCAACUGAACCCCCUUUAAGUACCUCUACUCAGACAAAGAGUUUGGAAACAGGAGAACCUUUGGCAUCAGAUGCUGACAAGCAAGAAGAAAGUACCCCAAGGAAUCCCAGCUCAGAGUCUGCAGUUCAGUUUACCACGGAAGAAGACAUUAAAGAGGAUUUACUUCUCGAGGUAGACUUAGUCACUGUUGGGGAGCAGAAUGAGAAUGAUGAACAAACUUCUCCUGAAGACAUUGUAUCCCAAAAUAAAUCAAGUGGAACUUGCAAUUCUAAGGGUGAUAGCACUGACAAACUUCCUGGGCAAGUAAUUAAUGAAACAACAACUGGAAGAAGUUUAACUUCGCAGACUGUGUCGUGCUCCACUCAUCGUGUGGAGAUCAAAGAAGAAGAGGAAGAACUGCUGGUCCAGAAGAAAAAGAAGGAGGGAAAGAAGAUGUUUCAAUGAAUGCUACAAGGG